GCGGCUUCCUCCUCCUCCUCCUCCUCUUGCUCCCCGCCCGGCACCGCCAGCGUCCUCAUCCCCCCGAGCAGCACAGGCGGCAGCGGCCCGGGCCGGUGCUUCUCAGUGAAGAGAACAUAAUUCAGAGAGACCAGAGAUGCCUUGGCCGAGCAGGAAGAGAGACAAAGGAGCAGUAGCAGAUAAAAAAGAGCCUGAUGCUAAAAUUGCCAAAACCAAGGAGGAGAAUUCAGAUAAGGAGGAAGAAGAGAAGCCUUCAAAACCUCCAGCUGGGAGCUCCAAGUCAGGAUGGAAGAACUGGAAGAAAAAAGAAUCUGGGUCUGGUGGUGAAGAAAGCAAGAUCACGUAUUGUCACUGGCUGCUAAAAUCAGAACCUGAGAGCAGGCUGGAGAAGGGGGUGGAUGUGAAGUUCAGUGUUGACGACUUGAAAGCUCAGCCUAAUCAGACAACCUGCUGGGAUGGAGUAAGGAACUACCAGGCAAGGAAUUUCCUGAGAUCCAUGAAACUUGGGCAGCAGGCCUUCUUCUACCACAGUAACUGCAAAGAGCCUGGCAUUGUGGCCCUUGUCAAGAUUGUAAAGGAGGCGUACCCUGAUCACACACAGUUUGAUCAGAAGGAUCCUCACUAUGACUCCACCAGCAGAAAAGAGAACCCCAAGUGGUCCAUGGUGGAUGUGCAGUUUGUGAGGAUGACCAAGCGCUUCAUCCCCCUCUCUGAGAUCAAGGCUCACCACCUGGCACACAAAGCAGAUGGGGGCCCCCUCAAGGACAUGAUGCUCUUCACCAGGCAACGUCUGUCCAUCCAACCCCUGACACAAGGUGAGAACCUCCAGGCACUCUUGAUUCCACCUGUCAGACAAGCUGGAAGUUUCACUUACGACUUUUCCUUCCUUACCACAGAGGAAUUUGAUUUUGUCUUGAGCCUGGAAGAGGAAAAGCCACAUUAAAGCAGCACAGCUCCCACCCAGCCUGCUCAUGCCUCCUCCUCCACCAGCACAACUCUCAAGUUCACCUGCUCAAGCACAGCACCACGAACGUGCCCACACAAGAUCCGCAGCCACAUGUCCCUUCCCCUGACACAGUUAUUUUUGCUUAUUUUUUCAAUAAAUAAAGCCUUUUGGAAUCAACUGUGGCUACCUGGGUUUUAGUAGUGGAAAAAUCUGUAAUUUAUCUCUUGAGGAAGAAACAGGUGCAUCCUCUUUGUUUAGUUUGGGGUCUAGUGCAGCUCCCUGUACUGCAGAGGGACGUUCUUCUGCAGGAAGGAAUUCCUGAGUUCUGUCUAGAACCAGAAAAUUAAGAAUCAUUGAACAGCCUGGGUUGAAAGAGACCCUCAAAUCAUCUCCUCCCACCCUCUGCCAUGGGUGGAACACCUUCUACUAUCCCAGCUUGCUCCAAACCCUGUCCAUCCUGGCUUUGGACACUUCCAGGGAUGGGGCAGCCACAGUUGUGCCAGGGUCACACCACCCUCAGGGAAGAAUUUCUUCCCAACAUCCCAUCUAAACUAUUCUGUGUCAGAGUGAAGCUGUCCUCCCUCAUGCUGUCAGUGCAUGCUGUUGUCAACAGUCUCUCUGGAGAUGGAUGCACAAAGCAGAUCACAGUGAACUUCCUACAGGUACAAAAGUUCCCACGUCAUUUUAGUUCUGACAUCAGGGAAAUAGAAGAAAAUAAAGCCAGCCAGCUAAUUUUUAAGCCACAUGGGUCCUCCACCAGUACAGCUGCCAAGCAGUGACACAGCUUAAAGAAAGACCAAGGAUUUAUAAAGAUAACAAAGGACAAAUUCCUCCAGUAUGUUUGGAGAGCUGUACACUGUGGCAUUUUGAAAGAAAAAUCUCUUCAUACCACAGGAAAAAACCCAACCCAAUAUAAAACAUCAGACAAACCCAUGCACAGCAUUUGACAGCCAGGGCUGGCUUUUUUUAAUUGGAGAGACAAAAAAACCCAAGUUUUAAAAUACAGCCAUUGAAAAGACGACGAAUUAAGAAACAUGUAAACACAGCAGAGGCUUAAUUACAAGUUGCACUGCUUGGUUUGGUACUUGUCCACUCCCUUCUGCCUGGGAGAGAGGGAAUGACCCAAGUACAGCACAGAACCACCAGCUCAGGGGGACACGACUGCUCAAGUAGCAUCUGCCCCUUCACAUGCUCACAAAACACUGUUCUAGAGUACCUUGUCCUGGAGUGACCCCAGCUUCUCUCUAAGGAUGCUCAGCACAUCUGCUCCACCUCAGACAAACAGAGUGGCUAAUGAAUGGUCCAUCAGAUUCAGUAAAAAUGGGAAUAAUUUCUAAAUUCUGGUUCCAUACACUGGGGCAUGGGAGAGGGGACAAACUAGGAAAAAUCCCCAAAUCAAUGUAGAGGCUCAUGCACCUUUUCCAAGGGAACCCUCUAGGAAUGAUGAACAGAUGAACAGCCAUCUCCUUACAGCCAGACAAUGAUCUUACAUCCAGUCAGGCAGGGAAAAAAAAAAAAACCACUCCUGGAAUGCAGAUACAUCUCCAUCCAGAGGGCUUCUUUCCCACCACAUGGCCUACAAUGCAGGGGAAUAAAUGAAUAAAGGAAUAAAGGAAUAAAGGAUUAAAGGCAAGGAGGGAGCUGAAGAAAAGCUUAAGAAGAUUGUAAGGGUGCUGCUGUGCUCAGCUGAGCCAUAGAAGGGUAGUUUGUUAUCCCCAAAGGCUCCCAAAGGAGCUUCACUUGUCCCUAAAGGAUUGUGCCUGGCUGCAGCACAGCCAGCUCCCCAUGAGGGAGGGAGAGAGGAGUGUCCAAAGUGACACCCAGGCUCCUUUGUCAUAGCAGAGGUCCCUUGCCCUGGCACAGCAAGGCGAUUGCUGUCUGCAGUGAGCUUUUGAGCCUUGGGAAGACACGGCCCCAGCCCAUGGCACAGACUCCCCGUGGCAGGACAAGCAAGCCACGUCUUCAGUGGUGCACAGCAGAACCAUGGGGUGACACAAGCAUUCAGCACAGAUGAGAGCAUUAGUGUCCUCUACAGAGCUAGACUGGCCAGCUCUACUAAAAACCACAACCUUACACGUGGUGAGGAAAAGAUAACUGACUUUGGCAAGCAGAAACACACAUUUAUCACUGAAAUACAGUAGCUGUCAUUACAUAAAAAGCUCCCCUUCCCGCCCCAGCCCCGCUCCCUCCACUGAACAAAGCAGAAACUUCAUUUCCCAGCUGCAAGACACCUGCUCUACAUUCAGCUGUAGGACAGAGGAACUUGAUUCCAGAGCCAGAAAGAAGCUGGACAAACUAGCGAGCCACAAACUCAGGGAAAUCCAGACAAAUCCCAUUUGACAGAGCUCAUGUCCCAGCACUUGGUGCAGGCUUGUCUCUCCCCAGGGUAGGAGGUCUCACCACCUGCUUGCUGAAGGGCAGCUGAACAGCAUGGACAUUCUCCAAACUCAGUCAAUCAAACCUACAAAGCCACAUCUGAUUUUUAAUGGAGGAGUGACUUCCUUCUGGGAAUGUUCUCAUGAGUCUACUUAGCUGAAGGCUAAAAGCAGCUUAUUUAAAAAAAAAAAAAAAAAGAAAACCCACAUUCAGGUUCUCAGUUCAUUGCAUGCUCUCAGACCUCGCUGGUGACUUCAGCUCAGGCCUCAGGAAUGUGUGUCUGGAAUCAGAGCUCUGCCACCCUUCCAGGUGCUGCUUGGCUCCUUCCAGCAGCCCACACAGACCUUUUUGAGCCUCCCACAACAACUGCAUCCACCUUCUGUCCCCACUAAUCCUUGUCCCGCAGGCACGAGGCAGCAAACCAGACCCCCCACACGUGUGCCCACACUGCUGUCCGUCCCUACACAAAGCCUGCUCUGUCCCAAGGACACAGACACGGGCAGGGCAGCGUGUGCAGCACAAACCCCCCCACAGGAGACCCCCCAAGAGCUCCAGAACUGCUCUCCACACCUCUCUGCAGCAGCACCUGAAGUGUGGAUCUUGGGAGUGCUCAGACAGCUGCCAGGACAUGACUAGGAAGGCACAGCUCGUGGCCAGGAGCCUUCCUGCCCUCACUUGUUGCCCACCCAGCAGCACUGGGACCAUCACCGCUCUGCCCACCCCCUGCCACCUCCUCCUGUACCCACACAUCUCACUCCCUCCUACCAGCCACAGCUCCUGGUGGGACACAGCACGGCCCAGCCCGUGCUCCUGGUGGCUGGGUGGCAGUCCCAGGGCUGAGUCACCUCCAUCAUCCAACUGCUCGUGGCAAGGAAUCCAACGCCAGCACGAAGAGGAAGAAGGGGAAGCAGCGAGGGGAUGACACCACAAGAUUUCCAGUAGGCCACGCCACAGUCUCUGAUCCCUCCUCUAGCAUCCAGCUAAUCACCGGGACGUUUUCCCCAGGGAAGAUUUCGGAAAGGCAAGAAUAAACACCCAUCCUACAGAGCCCCAGAGCAGCCUGCCCACGGCCGGGAAGAAGCAGACGGGGCCUCCAGGUGCUCUCCCCUUCCCCGCUGCCAGGCCUAGGCUCUCGGGGCACACAGGACAUCAGGCAGCUCCGCAGCCUCCGGACACGGCCUCAGAGCAGCCUCAAACCAGCCUCCAGAGGAACGGAUGGAUUGGGAAGCGCCGCCAGCGCUCCAGC